CUGCAGUCCUUGAGGUUGUCACUAAUGAAAGCAGCUCAGCCUGGGAGCCGGAGACGUGGGGAAGGAUUUCAUUGGUAUCUCCCAGCCAACGUCAGAAUGGUUAAAAACCCGCUUCCUCUCCCAGCGAGGAGCCUAGCGCAGCUCAGGCCGUAGCUGGUACGGGGCCAGCAAGCCAGGCGGCAUCUGCUCAGCCCCGCUUCCUCCUUGCCUGCGUGCGCGCGCUCUAGCCUCGGCCACCAGCUGCCAGCAUCUUCCUCCUCCCGCGUCCUCCAGCAGCAUCCGCUCCGGGUACCAGCCUCCCUUCUCCAUCCACAGGCAUCGCCUCUCUGGGGCAGCGAGGGAGCCCCGCCAGGGAUGCAGUGAAGCGGGCAAGGAGGAGGCUGUUGGGAGAAGCAGACGGAAUGGGCACCGUGCGGGCAGCUCCUUAGGGCUCGCGCCGCGGCGCGUCCGGAUCCCCACCCCGAGCCAUGGGGGUGCUGAUGUCCCGGCGCCAGACGGUGGAGCAGGUGCAGAAGGUCAGCCUGGCCGUCUCCGCUUUCAAGGACGGGCUGCGGGAGCGGCCCUCCACCAAGCGCAAGGCGGAGGCGUGGGGCGGGCGGCGGGGGACACUGGAGCACGUGGUGCAGGAGGUGCAGGAGGAGGAGGAGGAGAGGCCGGAGGCCGCUGGCCCCUCGCAGACGCAGCGGGAGGAGAGCCAUGCCAACCGGGCGGCCUGGGAACGGCUGCGGGACGGACGGGGCGUGGAGCCAGAGGAGUUCGACCGCGCCAACCGCUUCACACCGCCGGCCUUCGUCCGGCCCACGCGCGAGCUGCACGAUGACGAGCCGCUGGAGAUCAGCCUGGAGCAACGGGAGCAGGUGAGUGCUGGGGGGCGCCGGGCAUGGAGAUGGGGGGCACCGGUCAUGGAGACGGGGGAGCCCAGGUGGACACUUUAG